AUGCCAAGAUCGGCUCAUUUAAUCAAUUUGAAAAAUGUUGUUUUAUAUAAUGACUUAGCCGCUAAAAAUAAUUUGACUGAAGCGGUUCAGAAUGAUGUACGUAAUCCCUUUAGUGGAUAUUCAAGCAAUAAGUUGCAAUCAAUUGAUGUUGUCACCGUCGAUGAUCGGUUCGAUGAAUCUGAUUCCAAUCCUGUUGAUAAAUCGUAG